AUGGCUAAGGCCCAUUUGGAUGAUUCGGCAUCGCCAGGGCGUCUUCGAAGGGGGGGCGACCCGAAGGUUGGGCACGAUGCGGGCUCUGACGGCGCACCGGGGGUGAGGUGCCCCCCGCGCGAUGCGCGAUUGCACGCGGGGAUGAACAACGGACCGCCGACGGUCGGAUUCCCUCCCAACAAGCCAAGAGACGAUCAGGAGGCGAUCUAUUUUCUAGAAAACGUGACGGGGAUGGGGGAACUUGAAUACCUGCAGCCGGAGUCGCGCGCGUUUCAGAAAUUUACCCAUGAUAUCGUACUUCUCCAAAAGGAAAUAUCCCAAAAGAAGAUAAAGGAGGGUGAGAUGGCAUUGGGUGCGGGUGUUGGUAGCUCUACUGCGGAAGGCACUCCUGAAGCGACGAGUGGUGGGAUGGAUACGUCCGGACUGAGUCAUCAUACUAGUUCGUCUAGCACUUCGAAGAUCUUCAAAAACAUGUUAUCUGGAUGGUUCUGCUGCAGUAGUUCGGGGGUUGCGGUUUCCAAUAGACUUCACCAUCCCCAUAGCGUGGAGGGUAUUAAAAGUACCCUUUCUGGUUUCACCGAAACAAAGGGUAAGGAUUCUGCGUGCAGUAAACAAAGAAAGAGCGGCAAAAAUGGGGAUACUAAGGAACAACCUGCGGAGCUUAGGUCAAUAGAAGUUUUUGCAAAGACUAAUGAGGGAAAGAGCGAUUGUAUUCCGAAGAUUUCUGAGGAAGUUAUUUUUAUGAAGGCCGGAGAGCCACAUAGCUUUAAGGACAUAGAAAAAAGGACUCCAGGUGACUCUUGCUCACUAUCGCUCAAGAUGUAUUCUGGUAUUGAGAAUUUCGAUGCGUGUAAUGAAUCUAAUAGUGCUCUAGAUAUACACCCCCCCCAAGAGCACGUAGGGAAUCAUCAGCACCAGUUAAAGCACUUUGCAUCGGCCGAAGCUUCGCGGAUAACACUCCCAAUAGUUGAUAAAGAUGCCACAGCCUCUCCAGAUAGAAAGUCAAAAUGCGCUGAAUCUGAGAAGAAUGACGCCAAUAAUGAAAAAGGAGUAUCACCAGAACCUGAUUUCGGUGUGUUGCCAGACUUUACACGGUUGAAUUCAGCAUCCCAGGUUACUCUUUUACAAGAUGUUGACAAUGGAAAGGAAAUAGAUGUGGUAUCUGAUGGAAUGAAAAGCUCUUUCAUGGCACACUCAAAGUUAACAAGCAAAUCGUCUGUUCACCGAGAAAAUUGUGAUGCAAGUGACCGAACUUCAUCUUCCUUGCCCCUGGAUAAUCCGGACGGAAGCAUUGAAAAAACUGUGAAGUUUCAUUUAUCAGAAUCUUUACCAUCCAUUGACUUGGUAAAGUCAUCGACACCCCGAAAAGAGAUUCCGUUUGAUGACACAUUCAAUAAUAGCAUGCAUAUUACUGAAUCUGUGAGUAAAAGGACCGACCGAUCUCCACCCGAGUUAAUGGCUAUUCCAAUCAAAGGGGGCCAGUGUAAUGGAAGGGAAAAGUCAUUCCCGAAGUUAAGAUCCUCAAACCACUCAACACGCUUACGUUUUCUCGACACACAUCAUGAGUAUCGCCCCCAUACACAGAGAGAAAAAAUCCAGCAAGAUUCAGGAGACGAUGGAAGCCGGGUCGCUUCCACUGGGAGUGGUGAGAAGGACAGUAUUUCCUUUCACCGUGUUUCCACUAGAUCAAUGAUCUUGUCGUCGUCUGUGCGGACUACAACUGGGGAUUCUCCUCAGGACUAUCACCACAAAGAAAAAUAUGCAAAACUUCGUAAGCAGAUUAUUCAAAAUUCUCGUGUUCAUUCUGUCAAGAGCAACUUUGAUCCUUUCAGGAAUUCGCGCCGCAGAAUGGAUGCCAAUCACAGAGCUUUUAAUUAUAGCAGCCACAACCACACUCCUCAGAAGGUAUUGAUAAAUGGUGGAACCAUUUGUCAUACAGGGGAACACGACAAAUGGAUAAAGGAUCUAGCGAAGAUCAACAGAAUGAAUGAAAAAUGGCAUUCGCGUAGUCGGUAUUUAUGCCCCAAAGAAACAAAGUUGCGUGAAAAGGUUUAUGCACUUGACCAGAAAUUGCAUGCACUUUAUGUGAGCAGGGCCAACAUAAUGUCCAACAACAACGCCGUGACAGCGGCACUCAUGGAAGACAAGUCCUCAGUCUUCUCUGCUAAUUCAUCACAAGAGCGUACCGAUGCCAAAUUGAGGUCAAACGUUAAUGAGGAAAAAUUACCAGCCUCCGCGGAACCGCUUUCGGUGUGUAGAGGGGAUGGGAGUGAGGUAAAGGGCCAAGACGACCACAAAGAUGCUAAAUGGGUCCAUGGUCAUCGCACCCACACGGACUCUACGAUUUUUACGCAACGUAGUUUUAAAGACACCUAUAAUAGCAGUUAUGCGAAGCGGUAUCCGAACACUCUGCGAGUAGGUCAAUAUUCCUUACACAAAGACUUUCCUGUAAAACGGAUCGCAGGAGAUUUUCCCAAAUUUAUGUCCCAAGGGGAUUCCCCCAAUGCGGCGCUCAAGGCACACCAGCCAUCGCCGAACAACUCAACACGCAGCGAAUUUUCCAAUAUUCCCAGAGAUAAUGAUAGAAUUCUGAACCAUAAGGCGAAAUGCGCCCCAACAACUGCUUGUAGUCGCUCGACUGUUAUCAUUUAUACACCAACAAGAAGCAAAGAGCAGACGGAUGAUACUUCGGUGGUUUACGAAUCGCUUGGGCAGCCUUCUAUUCUGGAUGAUUGCGGCGUUGCCGCUCAAGUGUCCCCAUCGGUCUUGCGUGACUUUGAUUCCGAUACCCUAACGCGUAUUCGCUCGCCAACGCAUGCCGGUUGUACAGGCUCCAAAUCUAUCCAAUCCUCUGAGGCGCAUACCCAUACUUCAAGAGGGGAUCUCUCUAGGGUACUUUUUCAUGGAAAAAAAUCGAAAAUUAAAGGCUGCGCGACGAAUGAACUUUCUAACGAAUCCUACUUAGAGUGUUUGCGUGCAGCUUUGCGACAUGAGUAUUACAGCGGCGAAUUCGCAACUUUGGGGGUUCCUGACGGCGCCCGAGCUCAGAAUUAUCCGCACUGCGACGAAAAAUCGUCCCCGAAUGGGAAUAAAAGUGAAACUGGCGAGUGUAGGGGCGGUUCUACGACUCGCCGUAGCGGGAGCGAUUCGAGUGAAAAGGGAAGCGUGGACUUGUUCACUUACCUGUUAGCGCAAUCAACUCUUUUAAGCGCGAUCGACCCCCCGCCAUGGCGCUCGUCCUGUUCGGCAUGCGCCCCGCCGAUAGCCGAGGCCGACGCCGCUUGCGGGCUUUUACUCUUCAAGCAGCUCCAGCGACGCGGCGGCGGGGGGGUCCGGGGCUUCCGCCGACCCAUCCCGGCGGCCCUUUAUGCCCCCCCUCCUCACCAAAGCCGUGGGGCCGAAGAAAAUGCAGGAAAAGGGGAGGAACCCCAUACGAGAACGAGUCGAGAGCGGAUGCCGAAAAGCCGGGAGGCCAUAGGGGGCCCCCCGACGGGGCCCCCAAGACGGCCCUUCACCCCGGCCCUGUCUGCGCUUCGCCUUUACCUGCGCACUCAUCGACGCGGGCGGCGUGCGUGGCGACUGCGAAAGCGAAUCACUCGAAGGGCCCACCGAGGGAGGGAUCUUGGAAUCGGGAAGGAUGAACCCGUGAUGUCUCCUCCACCGCCGAGUUUGAUGGCCGAUUCGGAUUUCACCACCAUCAGUGUGGUUGGCGGGUCUGAAAAAAGGAAUGCGAAGUCGGAUUUCAAACCAUCAGGUGCGGCUGGCUGUAGUGGUAGUGGCUUUAGGAAGGAAAGCGAGACCCAGGACCAGGAUGCGGCGAAUACGGUGGCAAUGCGUCAGGAUCCAAUAGACAACUCGCAGGAAUAUUUGCUCAUAUACAAAUCUCAGUUAUUUCAGACUCCCCCAGGAAAUGUUACUGGGUUUAACUCAGAUUCAACAAGCUCAAACGAAGAAGAUAGAGAUCGGUGUAAACUAUUAGAAUAA